AUGCCCGGUGCCAGCGCGGCAGGUUAUGGCUCUGAUGACGAGUCUGGGCCGGCGCCCCUUCCUUACGGCUACGGUGAGCUGCCCGGAGAUCGUCCCACGCGGAAGCGUACUACGGCAGAGGUUCGAGACUACGGAAUUCAGCAGAGCUCUUACGGCCGUGCGCGCCAGCGGGCUGGCAUCGAUUUGCAGCAGCGGCCGACUGCAGCCGAGACGCGACCUCGUCCAAGUCUCCAAUAUCAUAAAGCACUGCUGGAGCUCGUGAAGAAGUCAAGGAUAACUAGGAUGAAAUCCGACUAUGACAUCUUGAAAGAAAACCAUCAGUUUUUGCGUGGCAGUGAGGCCGAUGAUGUGUCGUGGGAGUCAAGGCUGGCACGCAGGUACUACGACCGAUUGUUCAAAGAGUACGUGAUCUGUGACUUGACUGGCUAUCGCGACGGGCGAGUGGGCUUCCGUUGGCGGACAGAAACGGAAGUGCUAAAUGGUCGAGGGCAGUUUAGCUGUGGUCAUAAGCAUUGCCUUGUCCGGAACGAGCUGAAAAGCUACGAAGUUGACUUCGCAUAUGUCGAAGAGCGCCAGAAGCGAGCUUUGGUCAAAGUGCGGUUAUGUCAGGAUUGCGCCUUCAAGCUGCAUUACCGGCGACUCAAGAAGGCACGGAAGCGGCGAAAGGAGGUUCAGGCCGUGUCGGGAACGGAGAAGCCAUUGAAUCAUGAUCUUGAUGCAGAAGACGGGAUAGAUGAAAGACAACGAGACAAAGAUGCAGCGGAAGAGGGGCAAGAUGCAGCUCCUACGCACGGAUCUCACUCUGUCGAAGCCCCAACAGCAUCAGACCUUCGACUUCUUGAGACGUUGGCCUGGCAAGGCCCUGACCCGAACAUUCGGAGUCGGGAGGAUGACAUCGACGACUUCCUUCGCGAUUUGUUCCCCUAG